AUGGCUAAACAUCAUCCAGAUUUGAUUUUCUGCCGCAAGCAGGCUGGUGUAGCUAUCGGAAGACUGUGUGAAAAAUGUGAUGGCAAAUGUGUGAUCUGCGAUUCCUACGUGCGUCCCUGUACCCUGGUUCGCAUAUGUGAUGAGUGUAACUAUGGAUCCUACCAGGGCCGCUGCGUGAUCUGUGGAGGUCCCGGAGUCUCUGAUGCCUACUAUUGUAAAGAGUGCACCAUUCAGGAGAAGGAUAGAGAUGGUUGCCCAAAGAUUGUCAAUUUGGGGAGCUCUAAGACAGACCUGUUCUAUGAGCGCAAAAAAUACGGUUUCAAGAAGAGGUGAUGGCUGGGUGGCUCCUUCCUCCCCCAUCGAACUGCUGCAGCUUCCAGGAAAGACGCCUACUACCACCAGCAGAAAGGGAACGGAGUUCAGAGUGUCACCAGAGCAGCCUGCUAGUGCUAGCGCCCUGGCCCCUGCCACCCCUUCUUUCCCUUCCCCGUGUUGCUGAGAUGGAAGCGAGUUCCCACACAGCAAGCACCCUUGCAGACUGGAGGAGAUGUCACUCACUUAGUCUGUAGUUUCCUUUUGUUUUUAGUUGAAAAGCAAGGCUCUGCUCUCCACAUCGAUCCUUUCCACUACAAAAGCUUCAGAGCACGUCAGUAUACCGCCUUGACAAAACUGUCAUUCAGAAGUGUGCUCUUGCAGCAGCUAUGAUGGGGUUGUCCUGGACCCUCAGGGUGGCCAGGUGCCAUCAGAACAGUAAUGUGAUGUGACAUUUCCCAGGUGGUGCUGGGUUCAUUGUUAAUUUCCUUCUUAUAAAUUGGAAGUUUCUGUUAUUCUAAUAAAGUUGUCUGUAUUUUCUGGAA